GCGUGCUGGGUGUCAAUGGGUUUUGUUGGGAGAGCUACAAGCCCCAGGUGGGGUGUACAAAUCAGCUGGGCGCUGAGGCCGGUGCUGGUUUGGAAGCUUGUUGUAAGAAACGUUGGGUCAGAGUGUGUGUGCGACCUCCAAAUUACCCUGCCAGAGCCGAACUUUAGGGCUUUGUGUUAUACAAGCGGGAAUAACAGCCCUGCCGUGAAAUUCAGCCUCCUCUUCCAUUCAGCGCCGAAUGCCUGCGCUCCCGUGAGCAGGUGUGAGGGUGGCGGUUCUUACGUGUCCAUCCCGUCCCUUCCCGCCGCCUCUUCCCUCGGGGCUGAGCUGCCAUCGCUUGCCUGGGACACGCUGGGUCACCCGCCGCCUGGUCUUGGUGCUCCCCGGAGUUCCAGGUUUGCUCCUGAGCCUGGUGCGGCCCCAGGCCGAGCGCCAAGACCCAGACCUGGCUUCUCCAUCGGCAGUCUGAAAAUCACAUUGCUGCCUUCACAGGAAACCACGUGGGUUUGCUCUUGCAGCAGAGCAUUAUUCUGGCUGUACAAGCCACCGUCCUCAUCCAGUCGUGGUGGAAAAGCAGGUGCUGGGAAGAGUUUUGAGGCUGGCGAAGGGUUUGUGUCUCCAGCUGCCGGCCUGGAUGGCUCACAAAAUACCACCCUCAAAGAAAAACACCUACUUGAUGGCUUGGAAAGGCUGCAGAGCUACUUUGCUGCCUGUGAGGAUGAGACGCCAGCCAUCAGAAACCAUGACAAGGUCCUGCAGCGGCUCUGCGAACAUCUGGACCACGCUCUGCUCUACGGCCUGCAAGACCUCUCCUCAGGCUACUGGGUGCUGGUCGUUCACUUCACCCGCCGGGAAGCCAUCAAACAGAUCGAAGUGCUUCAGCACGUGGCCACCAACCUGGGACGCAGCCGGGCAUGGCUGUACUUAGCCCUCAAUGAAAACUCCUUGGAGAGCUACUUGAGGCUGUUCCAGGAGAACCUCAGCCUGCUGCACAAGUACUACGUCAAGAAUGCCUUGGUUUGCAGUCACGAUCAUCUGACCUUGUUCUUAACGCUGGUGUCCGGGCUGGAGUUCAUCCGCUUUGACUUGGAUCUGGACGCUCCUUACCUGGAUCUGGCCCCGUACAUGCCCGAUUACUACAAACCUCAGUACCUGCUCGACUUUGAGGACCGCCUGCCCAGCUCCAUGCACGGCUCGGACAGCCUCUCCCUCAACUCCUUCAACUCGGUCACCUCCACCAACCUGGAAUGGGACGACAGCGCCAUCGCUCCGUCCAGCGAAGAUUAUGAUUUUGGAGAUGUCUUUCCAGCAAUGCAGACCAUGCCCAGCAGAGACUGGGAAGACGGAGACCUCACGGACACGCUGAGCUGCUCGCGCUCCACCGCCUCCGAGGCCAACGGUGCCAAGGCCUCGGUGAAGAGCCCGACGCAGCGCUACAACCCCUUCAACGAGGAGAAAGCCGACGUGCCCUUGUCCUCCACUGAGACCACGCCGGUGCACACGGCUUCUCAGGAGAAGACAGAAGCCACCCCUGAAGGAACGGACCAGUCCGAGAGCUGCACGGAGCUGGAGGUCAUCAGAUUAGCCAAGAAGAAAAAAACAGGCAAGAAGAAGAAAGUGAAGCCCGAGGAGCCGGUGAACACCCCUGCACCCGUAAUGCCCGAGGCCCAGCAGACCAGCGGUGACAGCGGCAUCAACGGGUUGAGUGACAGAGAGGACCCGCAGAGAGAUGAUGGUCCUGCUGCCCCGGGCGGGCAGGAGGAGGGUCGCGACCGUUCUGCCCUGGGCCAGCUGGCCCUCCGCAUCCCCGAGAUGAAGGACACGUCCAUGGAGAGUGUGGGGCAGCCGCUGAGCAAGGUGAUGGACAAACUCAACGGGCAACUGGACCCUGGUGGCUGGAAUGUCCCCCUCGAGCCCCCCGGGCAGUCCUUUCGGACCGGCACGCCAGGGGAGACCCCGGAUGGAUCGUCCUCUGGCGACUUUAGCGAGGGGAUUUCAGCCCCCAUGGACUUCUACCGCUUUACCGUUGAGAGUCCAAACGCUGCUGCACCAGGUGGUGGCCACCAUGACGCUCCAGGGCCUGGCCAACCGCCACAUGUUUCUGGUAGCGCUGAGGCUCCUGAAGAAGAAGAAGAAAACAGAGAGGGAGAAGCAGUUGGGGCAGUAGAGGGGUCUGGAGGGACAAGUGGUGAAGCCCAAACUGGCCAGACGGAACCUGCCACCCCCCAGGCUCCCUGUGAGCCGCAGAAGGAGCAGCCCAGCCCGUCCGCGAGCAGCGCCGAGGACUCUGGUGUGGAGGAAGGUCAGGGCAGCCCCUCGGAGCUGAGCCACCCCUCCGAGUUCAGGGUGGAUAACAACCAUCUCCUCCUGCUGAUGAUCCACGUCUUUCGGGAGAAUGAGGAGCAGUUGUUCAGGAUGAUCCGAAUGAGCACCGGGCACAUGGAGGGGAACCUGCAGCUCAUCUAUGUCCUGCUGACUGAUUGCUACGUGUACCUGAUCCGCAAAGGGGCAGCGGAGAAGCCGUACAUGGUGGAGGAGGCCGUUUCCUAUAACGAGCUGGACUAUGUUUCGGUCGGGCUGGAUCAGCAGACGGUGACGCUGGUGUGCACUAAUCGGAGGAAGCAGUUCCUGCUCGACACCGCGGACGUGGCUCUCACCGAGUUCUUCCUGGUCUCCCUGAAGUCAGCCAUGAUCAAAGGGUGCCGGGAGCCCCCGUACCCCAGUAUCCUCACAGAUGCCACCAUGGAGAAACUGGCACUCGCCAAGUUUGUGGCCCAGGAGUCCAAGUGCGAGGCCUGCGACAUGGUCGUGCGUUUUUAUGGCCUCGUGCACUGGGAAGACCCCAUGGACGAGGCGCUGGGAACCACCACCAACAGCUGCACCUCCACCGAAAACGCCGUCACCAAGGACGGCGUCCUGCACUACAAGGCGGGGACGUCCUACCUGGGCAAGGAGCAGUGGAAAACCUGCUUCGUGGUGCUCAGCAACGGGAUUCUGUACCAGUACCCGGACCGCACGGACGUCACUCCCCUGCUCUCCAUCAACAUGGGCGGCGAGCAGUGCGGGGGAUGCCGGCGCUCCAACACCACCGACCGGCCCCACUCCUUCCAGGUGAUCCUGACGGACCGGCCCUCCCUGGAGCUGAGCGCCGACAACGAGGAGGACAUGGCGGACUGGAUGCAGUACUUCUGCCAGGCUGUCUCUAAAGGGGUGAUCCCCCAAGGUGUUACCCCUUCGCCCUGUGUCCCCUGCUGCCUCGUGCUGACGGACGAGAAGGUUUUCACCUGCCACGAGGACUGUCAGACAAGCUUCUUCCGCUCGCUGGGCACCGUGGAGCUGACAGACAUCACCACCGUCUCCACGGAGGCCGGCAAGGAGUACUGUAUCCUGGAGUUUGCUCAGGACCGUGAGCAGUUCCUGCCCUCCUGGGUCCUCUAUUUUAGUUGCACUACAGAACUGGAGAGGUUCCUCUCAGCGCUGAACGUCGCAUGGAGGAACAUCUACCAGGUCGACCUCCUGCACAAGGCCGUUCUGGACGCCGCCGUCAAGAAGAAAUGCGAAGACGCUCAGAGCCUCAUCGACAGCGCCUGGCAGCGCAGCGACAGCCUCUGCCGCGGGCGAGCGGAGCGGGACCCCUGGUGCUGACCCUGGUGGGGCGAGGACGCCUGACGGGGACGCGUUUUUGGCGAGCGGGGCCUGGAUCCAGCUGCCCGCGACCAACUGGCGCCCCAGACCCUCCUGCCAUCGCUGGGGCCGCACCAGGAACGUGCCUGCAGGCCCCGCACCCCAUCCCCGCCGAGCCGAGCCGGGGACGUCCAGCGCAUUUUGGGGAGCAAACGGAUACUUCAGCACGUUUCCUUGUAGCUGCGCAGACAAGCCUGUGCCCUCCUCCUCGCCCGGCCACCACAGGGCAAAAUAAUUUGCCAUUUGUGGAAUAAUUUCGCAUAGUAACGAGGGAGGCGGGGGAGCGGGGUGGGCUGGGGAUGAGCGUCCCCCGGCGCGGUGGGGAGCGGGAUGGAGGAGUUGUUCAUUUUCAAACAGGGUAGGGAGGUAGAGGCGGCGAGAUGGGAACAUUAAAUCGCUGCCGUGCAUGUUUUCUUGCUCACAAUCACCGAUGCGGCACCGCUUCACCUCCAGCAUCUCCCGGAGAUGCCACCCGGGGCCUCCAGACAUCACCAAACCACUCCCCAGCCUGGCGAUGAGAUGUGAGGGUUAGGAAGAAGGACCGGGGCCAAAUAUUUGGCUUUGAACGUGCCAGCACCGUUUUAGGAGAUCUCAGAAGCCGGUUUGAGGUUUGGACGCUGGCUCCAUGUGCCGGGGGAGAGAAGAGAUCGAGUCCGAUGUUCCCAAGGGACGUUGUCGCACGGCUGCCACCAAGCGUGUCCCCAUCUCGGCUUGCCCCAUCCCAGGCCAGCGAGGACCCAUCACCAUGAGCCCUUUGAGGCACAACCCCAGCUUUUAAAUAAUGAUAAUAAUAAUCUAGAGACCUUCUCAUGUAAUAUACAUUCACGGGGCCUUUUUCUGGGAGGAAACGUACGUGACUGAAUGUAUAUGUAUAUACAUCUGCUUCCUUUCCCCCAUCCCCAAAUAAAUAUUCAUUGGUAACGCGGA